UGGCCGGCUGGCUGUCCGCGUGGAACCUACUGGACGUCGCAACAUACGGGCUGCAGGUGGCCAUCGCUGUCCUGCUGCUGUGCCGCAUCGAGCAUGGCCCCUACUGGCUUACGUUCGCAGUCGCCACACAAGCCAUCUUGCUUGUCGUACGGCUGACCUUCUUCAGUCGUGUGUUCCGCUCCACCACCUUUGACUUCAUGAGCUCGCUGGAGACGGUGAUUCGCGAGGUGGGCUGGUUCCUAGCGGUGCUGCUGCUGUUCAUGUGGGGCUUCGCAUGCGCCUUCUUCACCAUCUUCCGAGACGACCCCG